AUGGUGGGGUGGGAACGCCUCAUAGGAAUGAUGAAAAGAAUAUUAAGAAAAGUUCUUGGGAGAGCCUGCCUUAGUUAUGAGGAAAUGUGUACCGUUUUGUGUAACUGUGAAGCUAUCCUAAAUGAUAGACCUUUAACAGUUGUAUCGGCUGAUUCAAGUCUCACUUCCAUAACACCUGGAAAUUUUUUACGAGAAAUACAAAACUAUUCAGUGCCAAUUGUAAAACAUGACUUCAAUUCUAGCUUUUAUAAACGUUAUAUCCAAAAUGUUAACCAGGUUUUCAAGAAAAGAUUUCGCCAGGAAUAUCUGGGAACUUUGAAAACAAGCAAAAAAUUCGCUAGAAGUUGUAAAUUAAAAGAAGGAGACAUUGUCUUAAUUGGAAGCGAUGACAAAAGGAGAUUAAAUUGGCCUCUUGGUAAAAUCAUAGAAUUAUUUGCAGAUACCGACGGCGAAAGCCGACGAGCCAGAAUUAAAGUGCAAAAUGGAGAAGAAGUCAUAAGAGCUGUACAAAAUCUUUAUCCUUUGGAAUUAUCGACUGCCGAGGAACUUCCAUCGAAAUUCAGCGGAAGUCAACGAUGCGAAAAUAUUUCGGUAGAGCAAACUCCAAUUGAUGAUGUACCUGUAGAAACAAAUAGAAUAAUCCAUACCCAUUUAAAAUCGCCCACGAUAACCAAAUCAGGAAGGACAAUUAGAGUUCCUCAUCGAUUGGACUUGUGA